CAUGGCGGGACAGGUGGAAGAGGGAGUUGCGGAGGCUAUCAGACGUGCAGGCUAAAGAAGGGACUGCCCUACGGGAACUUGUAUUAUCCGAGGGAUUUUGGAAGCGGUGGCGAUGGUAAUGGAGGAAAGGGCGGUGGAGUGCUGAGUAUUGACGUGGCAGAUACACUACAGGUUGAUGGCAGUAUCAUUGCAAACAGUCGAGAUCACAACAACGACAAUGGCGGCGGGAGCGGUGGAAGUAUAUUAAUUCAUACCCAGGUCCUCUCUGGUGGCCACACAGGUAUUAUACAAUCUCGUGGCGGAAGUGGCACCGCGGGCUCAGGCGGUGGAUCGGGCGGUCGCAUAGCGGUCUAUUACAGCAACAAUGACACACACCAUCCAUACAGAGGGAGGUUCGAUACCAGUGGCGGUAGUGUGACUUCCGGUGCGGAGGCUGGUGCUUCCGGGACAGUUUAUCUGAAACACAUCGGAAGUGAAUUUUCGACGUUGCAGGUCGACAACAAUGGUCAGCGGUCUCUGGAUGACGAGAUCCCAAACGAGGGUCGCUUGUUAGAUUUGUCAGGAGGAAGUCGUCACCAGUACACAACAUACACUGCGCCAAAUGGGAUGACAGUCACAUCCAGUUGUGGAUUAAAUCAAAACCAUUGUACUUGGUUAUGUUCUGGUAGUUGCCCGGACUAUGCUCUGGCCCAUCUGUUUGACCAGUCGUUUUCCAAGUCCAGCUGUCUUGGUUUCUUCUUAUCUAAUUGCCAUUAUACCAAACUGACGGUCGAUUUAAAGAGUUCUCUCUUUAUCAAUCACAUCAGGGUCUACCCGUAUUGUGGUAGCUCUUCAGCGAACUUUCGCGUCAAGACUAAUGAUGGUACCAGUGACGUUCCAGUUACAAGCGGCUACGUUCAGAUGUCCAAUGGCUGUAUCCAAGGUUCCUAUGUUGAUAUGCCCGUCAGGAGGAACUCAACGAAGAUAUUUGUGGAGCUCAACCGUGAAGGAAGCUAUGCUGGUCUCUCUGAGUUGGAAAUAUUCAUUGAAGGAAGAGAGGUUUGGGAAAGGUACAAGCAUAGGAGUUAUGAUGGAGCCAAAACCUGGAUAGAGCCAGCGGCUGGCACCAAUGUGCACAGAUUCAAUGAAGUGCACAUCCGGGGAUCUGCUCAACUCGCUGUAAUGCCGCUGAAUGGUUUGCGGGCCCCAGUACAUUUUCAUGCUGACCGGCUCUACGGAGAUAAGAGUGGAUUCCUUCAUGUAGGGUACCAUCAAAAUUUCUCUGUGGCUGUCACCGACCCUGACAUUCCGUUUGGUUUGCGCGUUUAUGAAAAUGGAAGCAUGAUGUUGCCGAGACGUGCUUUCUUGCAAACAGUCAGCUUCAAAUCGUCAGGAAAGAUCUGGGGCGUACAAGACUUGUUUGUGUUCGAUCGUGGGUCAUUCUACUCCGACUCAAACUCCAGCCUUGGCAGGGACACCUCUCCUGGAGAGUACUCAGUCCAGUCCCUUCACGUUCAGGACAGAGGAGUGUUUGAACUGAAUUCCUUUGACAAGAAAUUGACCAGCCAGUUGUCUCUCACAAACUUGACGAUUUUUGGCGGAGGCCACUUCAAGUCAAACAAUAAAUUGAACAUUGUGGUUAAACAUCUGUUAAGAAUAAAUUCCGGAGGAAGACUGAGUCAUAAUCACGCUGGGUACAUUACUAAGGAGGGAAGGCCUGGAAAUGAGUUUGAACCAUCUGAAGGAGCAGGCCAGGGAACUGGUAACGUGUAUGGAGCGAGUGGUGCUGGCUACGCCGGAACUGGUGGAAGAGGAAGUGGGACGAAUCACGUGGGCCAGUUUUACGGAGAUUAUAGAAAACCUUUUGAUUACGGGAGUGCAGGAGGCUUCGGGUUACAUUAUGGUGGCCUGUAUUAUGGAGAUUACCGCACGAGCACAGUGGACCCCUAUAAAAACCUCAUCACCCGAAGUGGACUGGGAGGACAAGGAGGUGGGGCAAUAAAGAUUGUGACGCGCCACUUGAUUCUUGAUGGACACCUGUCAGCAGAUGGAGAAGACGGUCCUCCCCCUAGCACGGCUGGAGGAGGCAGCGGAGGAAGCAUCUGGAUCGACUGUGAAGAGCUGGAUGGCUACGGAACGAUCAGUGCCAGGGGGGGUGCUGGGUCUCCGCAGGGAGGAGGGGGAUCAGGUGGCCGCAUUGCUAUUUAUCACGCUUUCAUGCUCAAUUUCAACGGCACGCUUUCCGCCAAAGGUGGUGACAGUGUCGUUGAACCAGGUGCUGCUGGAACCGUGUUCCUUGAGACUCGAAACGACAGCAUAGUGGAGUACAGAGUUUUGAAGAUCAAUAACUAUGGAUUGGCCUACCCUUGGGCUGUUAAUAAGUUGCAAGGGAGACUUCGACAUCUUAUGAAGGGAAUCUAUAGCGAUACAAGAUACAUUGGAGCUGUCACUUGGCUGCACGAGGCGGACAAUUACACCCUCGACGAGUUCCAUCUCCAUGGAAACUCACACGUGGCUCUGUAUGGGAACGCAUCACGUGAGAAUGUCACCCUGUAUGCUCAUACUCUCCGUGGCGAUCGGAGUGGCGUGCUUCACAUUGGUCGCCUUCAGUCUGUAGUGUUUAAAUUCGUCGAUCUUUAUUUUCCGAUUAAUACACUAGUGUACUUCAACGCGUCUUUAGAGGUUCCGCGGCGGUUAUCACUGCGGGAGGUUUACAUGGAAAUCAAUGGAACUCUUGCGGACUCCGAUGACUACACCAUCGAUAGAGAUGGGAAGCUGUUUCUAUGGUCUGGUGGCAAUUCUCUCGGAGAAGAGCUGGGCCACUUCCGGUUCAUCAACAUGUCAAUCAAGUCGCUUGGUCUGCUGCACACCACAAAACUGCCGGGGCAUGGUCCUGUGAGUCUGCACAUGACACGAUUUGUGGUAAACGCUGGCGGGCUGGCCAGUGUCGACGACUUUUUUUUGGACUCAGAGAACGCCACAAUCGAUGUUGCUGGUGAGGUGUCAGCGGACUUCAGAGGACACGGCGCCGAACAAGGACCGGGAGCUGGUCUUCGGCAGACUUCCUACAACACUGGUGCCGGAGGUGGGGGCCACGGGGGUCGAGGUGGACGGGGAUCAGCCGGUCUCCAAACCUCUUACUCAUACGACUCUAUAUAUGAGCCCAGACAGUACGGAAGUGGUGGUGGCAACGGCCUGUACGGCUGGGUUGGAGGACGAGGAGGCGGUCGCAUUGUUUUUGAGAUCUCGGAAAUGCUACGACUCGAGGGACUUGUGCAUGCCAAUGGUGGGCCUGGAAGUGGAAAUUUCAAUGGGAGCGGCGGGGGUGCCGGGGGUAGCAUUGUUAUCCGCGCGUUGAAUUUUGACGGUGAAGGCACCGUGUCGGUCAAUGGCGGAUCGGGCUUUUCGAGCCACGCGCCUCAUGCAGGCGGUGGCGCUGGCGGACGCAUUGCUGUUUAUUACAAUGGAAAUUACACCUUCAUCGGAUCCUUCCAGAGCUAUGGGGGAACCAGUCAGGCAGAGUGGGGCGGAGCUGGAACUGUGUACAUGGAAAACAAUCGAAACGCUAGUCGACCCUACCGCACUCUUCGAAUUGACAACAGAGUAUCCCUUAAUGGACCAUCAAGGCUUCAAGAGAUACAAGAGCUGAAACUGGCCGGGAACAAAGCUGAUUAUCCAUAUUACAUGACAUCAUACCGAGCCCCAAACGGAAUUGUUUUAAGCACAACAGGAACACCUUAUUGUUAUAGAACUGUCUCUCACGACUCUCGACAGUGUGAAACUGGCAACCCGAUGCUGACAAAUCUGUUUCUGACAACGUCCGAUCACUAUUACACUCAGGAUUCAAACCCCGUUGUGACAUAUCUCUUUCCGCUGCCGUUGUACUUAGAGUACUUGUUGGUUUAUCCUUAUUGCCAUUCGUGGUUUUGGACUAAAUAUCACGUACGCAUUUACCUCAGUAACGCUGAAGUUGCUGGAUCCAGUGACUGGAUCAACCCUACAUAUUGCCUGCAAGGACAGCCGGGCAGAAUGGAUGUUGGACUGACUGUUGAUAAGGUAGUUCUAAGUCUCCAGAAAACCAGCACGAAUUCUUCUCUUAGUCUCGUGAGGUUCUUCGUUCGAGAAAAUCCUUCGACCACACACCAAACGCCACAUUACACUAGCCCCAGUACCUCGUGGAUCAUAAGUGAGGACGAACAGACCAAAGAACAUGACUUCAAUGAGCUGCAAAUUAUGGGCCAAGGAAGCCUGUCGAUAUCUGGGAAUAACGUGAAAAUGAGCGUGGACAAAAUUGUUGGCGACAGCAGUGGUAUCCUAACCGUGCGCCCCACCCAGACCGUCCAUAUGAGGGGCUCGGAGGGACACCUUCCAUUCUCGCUCCUGUCACAAAAAGGUUCCAAUGUGACCUUUCCCAGCAGUAUGAACUGUCGUGGAGUUGAGGUUGCGAUGCGAGGUGUGAUGGGAGAAAUGACGAAUCUUACUGUUGGACCGCAGUGUCGGUUUAUUCUUGAGAACUCCACUGAAACGGAAUUCGCCUUAGAUCACGUGGUUGUGCAGACGGACGGUUACAUGGCGGCUACCAGAGAAGACAGACAAGAUGUGCGGAUGAUUGGAAAAACGUUUGACAUUAGAGGGGGAGCUAAGAUGGAGGCAAAUAGUCUCACUUUAGACUACGUGAACAUCACUGUGGAACCCUUCGCUUACCUCUCAGGUGAUGGCCUUGUUGAUGAAAUUCCUGGAUUACGUUACUAUGGAGACGGGUGGGGUGGUGUCUCCGGCUCCUCUGGUGCAGGGCAUGGCGGUCACGGAGGGCUGGGUAAAGGCCAGUCAAAGGUCGGUGUCUCAUACGGGAAGUACAGAAGACCCACGACAUUUGGAAGCACGGGCGGAGCCGAGGUUUUUCCGUUCACAGGCGGAUUAGGUGGAGGCCGGUUUAAAAUCAUUGCUCACGAUACGUUAGUAGUUGAUGGAGUAUUAUCCUCUAAAGGGGGAGCUGCACGGGCUUCUCGCAGCGGCGGUGGAAGUGGAGGGAGUAUUCUAGCGUACACAUCAAGAUUACAUGGCGACGGAGAAUUUGACGUCUCCGGUGGCGACGGGGACAGCUCAACCGGGUAUUACGGGGGUGGAGGUGGGGGUGGUCGUGUUUGCUUGUACUAUCGCGAGAACCACUUCCUGGGUCGGUUUCUCGGUGCAGGGGGCACCAGUCCGUACGAACCCGGUGGUCCAGGUACAGUGUUUCUAGAGAAUGUGCCCGGAAUGAACGCUACCUAUGGGCACGACCGUAUCGACGAAGCAGCACACGCGGAAAGAAUAAUUCUGGAUGAAGACGUUAUCAACGGGACACGGUGGACUCGAAACAGAACUUUGUACCUAAACGGGCUGGGUCGAAAACCUUUAAUUCCCGACGCCAAUCUUGGCGCAAGCUACAGUGACUUCAGUCACGGUGGAUCAAGCAGGGCGUGGCUCACAUUGGAUGAUGAGGAUCUGGAAACAAACGGAACUGAUGUUGAACUGGACGAGUUGCAACUUUACGGUGGAGCGCAGCUAGCCAUCAUAAAUCCGACAAGCACCAAAGCGCAUAUCUCAAUCGUGAUUGGUCAAAUGGAAGGAGAUAGAACCGGGAGAAUCCAUUUGGGCUACAACCAGACUUUCCUCUCCCUCCAGUCGUACCUCCCCAUGGACAUGAUCAUUUACCAGGGGGGGUUAACAUCAAUGCAGGGAGAACUGCUUGUUGCCGGGGUUACUGUCGAGGUUGAUGGUGUUUUGAGAAGAUGCCAGAACAUUACAGUAGUUGAUGAUGGUCUUAUUCGAAUGAAGGAGAUGUAUGAUACAGAGGGAAAGCCGACCAAGACCUUUUAUUUCGAGUCAAUCAGCGUUCGAAACAAGGGCACCAUGACGGUGACCAAUCAGGAAAGAGUUCGUGAAUUCCGUGGGACAUCUAUGCAUGUCUUCGGCGGAGGAACGUUUACAGCAGUUAAUCUUCAUGUGCACGUCCUGAAUUUUACCAUCGAUGCUUUAGCUACCGUCCAUGCAACUUUAAAGGGACAGAGCUUUGUUUACGAUGGUAAGGGUCCUGGUGCAAACUCUCCGUCCCCAGGCUUUGCCGGAGGAUCAGGUGGAGGUCACGGGGGACUGGGCGGACGUGCUGCGAGUCAAGUGACCACGGGAGCUUCAUAUGGGUCACUAAAACAACCCAAUGACUUUGGCAGCAGUGGUGGCAAGGGAAGCGGUGGUGGGCACGGAGGCCGAGGUGGUGGUAUUUUAUUCCUCAACAUCAGCGACACAUUGGACAUAGAGGGAACGCUGAGUGCUGAUGGCGACAACUAUGUUGGUUCAUACGCUGGGGGAGGUAGUGGUGGAAGUAUUCUUAUUAGAACUGUUACAUUGGAAGGAAGUGGGACUGUGCAGGCAAAUGGUGGCAGUGGAUAUAGAGACCCAUCUAGAGGAGGGGGAGGUGGCGCUGGUGGCAGAGUCGCCUUGUACUACCAGGGAGGAUUCUUUGAUGGCUUCUUAGAAGCUGCUGGCGGGAUUGGUGACGUAGAGAAUGGUGCAGCUGGAACUGUGUACGUGGAAAAAGCAAGGAAUAAUUCUGACCGUCCAUAUCGAACACUGAAGGUGGAUAACAAGGGUCGAUCACCGCUCACUGAACGAAUCAAUCAGGUACACAACGAUUUUUAGUAUUAUUUUAGAAGAGCUCACUCACGUUUUUGUUUAGUUAUUUUGGCCACGUAUAAAAUUACCUUUAAAUUAAAUGAAACCUGAAAAGAGUAGUUCACUAAGGAUAGAAAAACACCA